AAUUGCAAUGAAGAGAUUCUGUUGUCAGGAGGCUUAACUGUAAUUAUGUGUCUGGAUAAUCGAUUAAAAUCAUGUCUGGGAUGUGGAUGGAAGAAUACUAGUAGCCAAACUAAUUCUGAGUGCCUUUAUUCAGUUGAGCCAGUAAAACACGGCUAUAGUGAUAUGUUUUAUUGGAAAUAAUACUUACUGUAUUGAUUCUAUGUAUACAAGUGAAAAAAUGUUGACCCAAAUUGUGGUUAGCUAGUGUAUCUAAAUGUUUUUUGCAUUUACCCUGAUCCAGAUAUACAGAUAUGCAGGCACAGCAUGGUAAUAUAGAUAAGAAUGGCCUUGCGCACAUAUUAGAAAACAUUUGCAGUAAGAUGAUGGAAUGAGUUGUAUGGUUCUGUUGCAGGAAAUGUGGGUGGUGUAUUAACUGCUGUAGCUUGUAUGUUCUUUAUAAGGAACAGGAAAAGGGGGAAUGCACGUGAAACUGAAUUGCUAUAUUGGGUAAAAUUCCACGGACAGUUGAAAUUGGUUUAGUUUGCUCGAGGCAAGGAGAUGCUUGGGUUGUGUUUUUCGACUUGCAUAGCAGGGUGUUCUUGAACAUUCUGUAGAAUACAUAUCAGCUACUUGCACAGCAGAGAGUCCACGAACAUUUUGUUGGGUGCAUCCCAUGUUAUCAGAUAAUAACUUCGGUAACCAUUGGAGGAGGCUGUGUGCUAGUGGCAAUAAAUAUCAAAUGAAAAGGCGACUCGUUUGUAGUUCUCUGUAUCGUGGAGGGCUACCCAAUCUGCUGAGUGCAACUGCAUUGUAAUGUUAUGAAGAUUUCUGCUUGAAUAAAAACUACUCUGCUGAAACACAAUGAAAAAUCCCAAGACGAGGGCGCAGAUGGAGGAACUGGUGAAGGAGGGCAAGACGAAGGAGCUGCGUGAGCGACUGUGCUGCAGGAUGACCUUCGGAACGUCAGGGCUGCGGGCGGCCAUGGGGGCAGGCUUCUCCCUCAUCAACGAUCUCACAGUCAUCCAGUCCACACAGGGUGUGUACCGGUACCUGGAGAAGUGUUUCCCUGACUUGAAGAGAAGAGGCUUUGUGAUUGGGUACGACACACGUGGGCAAGCCGCCAUCAACUGCAGCAGCGAAAGGCUAGCAAAGCUUGCAGCUGCCGUUCUUCUUUCUAAGGGAGUCCCUGUCUAUCUGUUCUCCACAUAUGUUCCUACACCAUUUGUGCCCUAUGCAGUGAAGCAGAUGAAAGCUACUGCCGGUGUUAUGAUCACAGCAUCACAUAACCCAAAACAGGACAAUGGGUACAAGGUGUACUGGGAGAAUGGAGCUCAGAUAACCUCUCCUCAUGACAAAGAGAUCCUGAAAUGCAUAGAAGAGAGUUUAGAGCCUUGGGAUGGAUCCUGGAAUGAGAACAUAGCUGAUGGAAGUCCUCUGAGGAGUGAUCCCCUGGAUGAAAUCUGCAAAAGCUAUAUAGAAGACUUAAAAGCUGUUUGUUUUCACAGAGAUCUCAACGCAAAGACCUCUUUAAGGUUUGUGCACACAGCUUUUCAUGGAGUUGGGCACGACUAUGUGCAGCUGGCCUUCAAAGCAUUUGGGUUUGCAGCCCCCAUUCCAGUUCAAGAGCAGAAGGACCCAGAUCCUGACUUUUCUACCGUCCGAUGCCCUAAUCCUGAGGAAGGCGAGUCGGUCUUGGAGCUGGCACUUAGACUGGCAGAAAAAGAGGGUGCCAGGGUUGUCCUAGCAACAGACCCAGAUGCUGACAGAUUGGCAGUAGCAGAGCAGUAUGAGAACGGUCGUUGGAAAGUGUUCACAGGUAAUGAGUUGGCAGCUCUCCUCGGGUGGUGGCUGUUGGCCUGCUGGAAGGAAAAGCAUCCAGACCCAGCUGACGUCAAGAGAGUUCACAUGCUGGCAACCACAGUCUCUUCCAAAAUCCUGCAGACCAUCGCAGCGCAGGAGGGGUUUCACUUUGUGGUACAGACUCAUCCUGUUGUUUUUUAGAAUUGAAAAGGGGUGUCCCUAAUCUUGCUUGUUUUAAACUGUAGGUUAGUCAACACAGAAAGCCAGACAGCCACGUCUAGUGUUAAGUUUCAUAGUAUGAAUCUUCA